CGUCGUCCGCGUGCAGAAGGCGGCAGCUGCGUGUUGGACCGCCGGCAACAGCUGCGCGCGUGCCUUCUCCUCGUCUGUUCCACAGCGCGAUCCAGCCGCGUUCUGGACACGCCCUUCAGUAGCGGAGGAGGGCCAGUGACUGCAGAUGAUCGAAUGGGCAAGGAUUGGCAGAUAUACAGCAAUGACUUUGUCGCUUCAUAUGUAGGAAUAUGUCAUUGAUGAAGAGCGUGUAGCGCUCUAAGUGGGCGACACUGAAAACAGACAUGAAAAUACUAUCACUGUGGUAGUGUAACUCGGCGAACAUUUUGGAUAUGAUUCUAUCAUUCAUGAGUGCGAAUGUUGAGAAUGUCGUGUAACUUGUGCUGACGUUCCAAGUCGCCUCGCACCGUGGUGGUGACCCCAGAGAUUCCCAAAGGCGGACGGUGAGGUGGGAGUUGCAUGUGACGGGGCGGCGCAUGCGCACGAGCCCGCGCGCGAUGGGCUUGAGACAGGCGCUAUUGGCGACGGUCGCGUCUGCGGCGCUGCUGGUCUACAUCUGCGCCUACUACGUGUCGGACACGCACCCGCUGCCGGGGCACCGGCUGCCGCGCGACGUGGUCUUCUGGCAGGACGAUGAAGCGGCGGCGAAGGCGCCCUACGUGUACCGCUUCUCCAGCUACAACGACCACUUCCCGGGCGUCGCGCUGUCCGAGGUGAGCGUUCAGUGCCUGCCGCGAGGCGCCGCCACAGUGCGCUCUGGCGGCCGCCUCGGGAACCUCAUCAUGGAGUUUGCCUCCCUGUGGACGGCUGCGCGCCUCUACAACCUCACCGCCUUCAUCCCGGCGCAGCUGCGCGGUCGCCUCCGCCAGUUGUUCGAGCCGUUCGGAGUGCCAGAGACGUACGAGUUCCUGUCGCAGUCUGGGUGCCCCGAAGAUACGUUGGAGGAGGUGGACCAGCGCGUCUUCAAGGUCGACCUGGAGAGGCGGCCGCUGGCAGAGGUCGUCGCGCGGGCUAAGGAGCUGCACUUGCCCAUCGUCUUCGAGAUAUGCAUUAUCCUGCCGGAGACGAUAGUUCCGCUGGCCGCCGAAGUGCGACGCCACUUCCGGUACCAGCCGAGGCUGCGCAAGUACGCUGACAACAAGCUGCGGUCGCUCAGGAGGAGCGUCGUCAAGGCCAAUCCCGACGUCAAGGAGGUGGUGUUUGCGGGCGUGCACGUGCGGCGCACCGACUACGGGGACCAGCUGCAACUGCUCUACAACACGGACCAGCAGGCGGACGAGCGCUACUACGGCCGUGCCGCCCUGUGGCUCCAGUCCACGGUGGUGCCGCCGGGUGGAGAGCUGGUGCUGGUGGUGGCGUCGGACGACCCAGACUGGGUGCAGGACGUGCUGCUGCCCCACCUGCGAGGCCUGGGCCUGCGCCACAGCUUCCUGGCAGGUGACGGCAUGUUGGAAGAGCCGGAGCGCGACCUGGUGCUACUGUCUGCCUGCAACCAUUCCAUCUUCGCCUACGGCACUUUCGGUCUCUGGUCGGCACUGAUGACCGGAGGCCGCGCUGCCGUCUACCAUCUGAACGAAGGAGACGCCGUGUCGCCCGCCAUGCAGUUUGCACAGCACAUUCCUGGCUGGGUCGCCAUUUCACAGUGAGGACCCCAAGAUGGCAGCCCUCACGGAUGGUUGGCAUGCCACCGCUAGAUCCACAACUGCACCAUCUCGCCUGUCAUACAGUUCUCCAAGCAUACGCUGGGCUGGGUUGCUGUCUCUUACUGAGAAAUCCAAUGCAGCGUCUUUGAGAGACAGUGGGUCCAUAGCAUUCUACAACCCGACACAUAGUUUGUGCAGCAUGUCCAUGUCCCUUAUUAGGUCGCCAUCUUCCACUGAGGUUCUCAAGAUGGAGGCCCUCAUGGCCAACCACAGAAACACUUUCAUGUAGUACAUGCAGCACAUUCCUGGUAGGAUUGCCAUUGAGGAACGAAAGAUGGCUGCCAAAUGGGUAGUCCAUUGUUGCACAGUAUUGCAUCGGGUGAGACGUGACUCUUACGAUCGUGAGACUCUGAAGAUGAUGCAGUCUCGUGCUCCAGUUUAUAUGGCAGUGACAAUUAAACACAAGUGCAGAUAUUACAGCUAAAGUUCAAUGCCGCAUUAACAUCACCAUUCUACGACUCAGAUUUUCUCUCUGUGUUGCAACCACCUGAUGUAUUAUUGUUUCACACUUGCUAAAAUAGUCCAGGCUUUUGUGCUGUGAUCAAACGAAUUUUUUCGAGAAAUUCAUUCAAACAGGGAACCCCACAAUACUUUACUAUGUGUGACAUUUUAACUGUGAAAGUUUAAAUUUUACGAUGUUUGUUGUUUAUAUUUUCACCAUAUUUUUUUAUUUUCACCAUAAGGAAAACGGUGGCCAUUUUGAAGACUCAUUCUUUUCUCUGACACGUUCAACAGUAAUUUUACUGCUGUGAAGCAAAACGUACACCUUCUCAAAUGUGGAUCACCACAGUAUUUUCUAUUUAUGGUCUAUUGGUAUAUCACUGCUUUUUUCUGAGGUGAGAGCAGAUUUACUGACCUGUUAGCAAUGGAAUGCACAGUUUGAUGCUUGGCCAUUUUACGUACACACAACAUUGUCAGAGGUGAAGAUAGUUCUAAAUUUCAGAUAAAUGGUUGGUUAACCGGAAAUAAGCAAGUUUAAUUAUUAUUUGUAGCUCGCCUGAGCAAAGUGUGCGCAUAGGAUGAGGGCAGCAAUGUACUGUUUUUUGAUCCAAAAGAACUUCUUUUGCAGUGGCGUUCGACUUAGAGGUAGCCUGUUCGAAUCUUAGUAGUGAAGAACUUUUCACUGCCAGUAUUUGGCAAGUAAGGAAAAGCCGGGUGGUCAUGUAAGGUAACCAAACCUCAGACUCUAUUCUGUAGGCAUAAAAUAAAUUCUGUACUAUGUUGUCUCGUGAGAAAGUAACCUCCAUGGUACUAGUCAACAGGAGCAGGCUGUGUACUGGCACCACAUCUCAAAUUGUCCAUUCUCCCAUCAUCAUACAACAGCAUCACGGCACUACACCAUAUGCGCAUUCAUAGCCAGCACUAGGGACAGUUAGAAUUUAGAAGUUUAUGUGCAAGUAGCCCAAAUCGCACGAAUCAGAGAUGGCUUGCACCAGAAUAAGAUCAUCACCACCAUUCUUUCAUCCAUGGCUCUGGGGUCCCAAGUUCGAUUCCCAGCUGGGUAAGAGAAUUUCUCCACUGGAGGACUGAGAGUAGUGAUGUUAUCAUUUCAUUAUCAUCGAAGUGGAAGUCGCCGACGUGGCAUCAAACAGGAAAACUUGCUGUAGCUGGCUGAACUACCCCAAACAAGGGUCUCCUGGCCAAUAAUGCGAUGUGAUAAUUUUUCAUCAUUCUUUCAUGAGAAAUGACUGCAGCAAAUCAGGGAAAGUGAAAAUCGCAACAGAAAGUAUGCUUUGCAAUCUCUGUUAUUCUACUCUCUGAAGAAGGAAUAUUCCAGGCUCAAAUUGGGUUUGCUUUGGGUAUAGAACCGAAACAACCUCACCUCGCUUCAGACACUAGAAAGAGUUGCUAUCAUAAGCAAGGCAACGCCCUGUCUAUUUGUAGUCUCUUAGACAGUAGUGGCAAAUUUCUUAAACAACUUCCAGAGAGCUUUCGUUCCAGAAACAAUCCCAUAGGGUGUAGCUAAGUGAUUUGUCCAAAAUUAUCAUUUCUUCCAGAAGUCCUACCCCGCAAGGCAUUCAGGAGAACUGUGAAGUUUUGAAGGCAGCAGAGGGGUACUGGCGGAAGUAAAGAUGUAAAGGAUGUGAAACCAAUUUCUACUCACUUUUUCAAAACAUUUUGUGGGACGCUGUGUAUCAGCGAGCGAAAUGUGCUAAAUUAUUUCUCUAGUUGUGUUUUUUAUUUCAAUUUUGUUUGGUGCGACGAUUUUUGGAGACUGUGUGUGGAUAAACAUUACCUUCCAAGGUAUUUGAAAGCAAUGUUGGCGCACUUUCUGCCCAGCCAAAAGCUAUUCCGACAAAAUAGUUGUUAAGGAUAUUAUUAAUGUGCACUCAACAUGCUGUCUUUUAAAGGCACAGGUGAAGUGAUGUGAACUGCGGUGUAACUGACGUACAACUUUGUUUUUGUUGUUAAUUUUAGUUUUGUAUAGUAGUGCGAGUGUCACUGUCAACGAGGUUUACAUCGUAAUUUUAAGCAAGGUGCACUUUCUAUGUUAAUGAUUAGGUUAAGCAAUACAGAAAUAACUGGACAAAGUGUAUCGCAAUGUGAGAGACAACAGAAUGCCGAAUUAAUAAUGAAGUGUCUCAUCAGAUGAAUAUGAUAAGAGAUGUAGACAUCAAAAAUCAAAUACAAAUAACGGAAGGGUGGAAAAGAGGACUAAACAUGCCGAAACGUAGGACGUAAUGAAGGAAGAAUUAUAACAUACUGACAGCUGGCGGAAACGUUUGACAGAUUUACCACACAUAAAUGUUCCUUAAGUAUAGAAGUACCUGUUCUCUCAGAAACGAGAGAGUGUAAUUGUUUUUAGUCACCGUUCCUAUUGUUAAUGUUUGAAAUAAAAGUG